UGUGGUGGUAUGGACCAAUGUGGCUCUUGGAUUCCCAAGCAAAUUGGCCCAAAUAUAGUUCUCUACCUGAAGUUCUUCCGGAAAAAAGGAAGAUUUCAGUUUGUUUUUUAACACCGGCUGACAACAGUCUAAUCGAUACAUUCUCCUCUUAUCCUCGAGCUCUUGCUGUUACAGCUUACGUGCUCAGGUUUAUUAAUGCUAUCAGGAAGAAAGGUUUAAAGGUUCAGCAUUCUAGUUUGACUCUUAGCCUUACGGAGCUUAAAGAAUCAAAAGUUAUGCUGAUCAAACUAACUCAACGAGUUUAUUAUCCCCAGGAGUAUAGUCAGCUCUCUGACGCGAAACUAAUUUCAAAGAAAAGUUCUAUUCUCACUUUGAACCCAUUUCUGGAUUCGAAUGGAACUAUGAGAGUUAACGGUAGAUUAGCCAAUUCAUGCCUAACCUAUGAUGAAAGGUACCCUUUCAUUAUUCCAAACUCGUCUAACUUCUGCAGAAUGUUUCUUGACUUUACUCAUAAAACUCUGUUGCAUGCUGACAUUUCCCUAAUGAUGAAUGCAAUUCAAAGUCAAUUCUAUAUACCAGGACUUAAAAGAACUGUUAAAAAAUGUGUUCACCAUUGUUUAGUGUGCGUCCGUUAUAAGCAAAAGCUGAAGUCUCAGAUUAUGGCAGCUCUGCCCCCGGAAAGAUGCUCCUUUUCUUUACCAUUCACUUAUGCGGGUGUUGAUUUUGCGGGGCCUUUUCAGAUAAAAUCAGGUAACUUGCGAAACUCUCCUUAUAUGAAAGGAUACGCUUGUAUAUUUGUUUGCUUUUCAACAAAAGCUAUACAUUUGGAAGCGUGCUCUAGCUUAUCCUCCGACGCGUUUUUAGCAGCUUUCGCACGGUUUACGGGUAGAAGAGGGUUGCCUAAACGCCUUAUGUCCGAAAAUGGCACAAAUUUUCUCGGCGCCAGUAGAUCGUUGCGAAAGGAAUCUCUCUUAUUUUUACGAAAAUCGGCAGAAGAUAUAAGUAAAAAAUAUGCAGUCCAUGGUUUUAAGUGGAAGUUCAUUCCACCUAGUGCUCCACAUAUGGGAGGUCUUGUGUAAAAAGUGUAAAAAGUUUUAAGAUUCACUUUCAGAAAA